AUGAAAGCCCUGCCCGCCUCUGCUGACCAGCGCAAGCACAGCGGUCCUCCCUUCAGCACUGAAGGAGCUUGUGGUGGGACAUUGAGGGGAACAACAGGGACGAUAUCAAGUCCACACUUCCCCUCGGAGUAUGAGAAUAAUGCAGACUGCACAUGGAGUAUUCUGGCUGAACCAGGGGACACCAUCGCCCUAGUCUUCAGCGAUUUCCAGCUGGAAGACAGAUACGACUUCCUGGAGAUAAGUGGGACUGAGGCACCAUCAAUAUGGCUGACCGGUAUGAAUCUACCUUCCCCUGUCAUCAGCAGCAAAAACUGGCUACGGCUACAUUUCACAUCUGACAGCAACCAUCGACGGAAAGGAUUUAGUGCCCAGUACCAAGUGAAAAAGGCCAUUGAGCUGAAGUCAAGAGGGGUGAAAAUGCUUCCAAGCAAAGACACAAACCACAAAAAUGCUGUUUUGAGCCAAGGGGGCAUGGCAGCUGACAUUUGUCCAGAUCCUGGGAUUCCAGAGAAUGGGAAGAGGAUGGGCUCAGACUUUCAGGUCGGAGCCAGCAUCCAGUUUUCCUGUGAUGACAGCUAUGUGCUUCAGGGAUCAAAGAGCAUCACUUGCCAGAGAGUGACAGAGACGUUGGCCGCAUGGAGUGACCACAGGCCUAUUUGCCGCAGUAAAACGUGUGGUUCUAAUUCAAGAGGACCAAAGGGCUUCAUCACCUCUCCUAAUUACCCUGUUCAGUAUGACAACAAUGCCCACUGUGUUUGGGUCAUAACAGCACUGGACAAUAGGAAGGUUAUCAAGCUUGCCUUUGAGGAGUUUGAUCUUGAGAGAGGAUAUGACACGCUAACAGUGGGGGAUGGAGGGAAGAUUGGCGAUGCCAGGAGAGUGCUCUAUGUGCUGACAGGGUCUAGUGUUCCUGACCUGAUAGUCAGUAUGAGCAACCAGAUGUGGCUCCAUCUCCAGUCUGAUGACACCAUCGGGUCCCAAGGAUUCAAGGCCACAUAUGAAGAAAUUGACAAAGGAGGGUGUGGCGAUCCUGGAAUUCCGGCCUACGGCAAAAGAACAGGGGAGCGUUUUUUACACGGCGACAUGCUGACUUUCGAGUGUCAGGCGGCCUUCGAGUUGGUCGGCGAGAGAACGAUAUCAUGCCAGCAAAACAACCAGUGGUCUGGAAACAAACCCAGCUGCGUGUUCUCCUGCUUCUUCAAUUUCACAACCCCAUCAGGAAUAAUCCUCUCCCCAAACUACCCCGAGGAGUAUGGGAACAACAUGAACUGUGUGUGGCUCAUUAUCGCAGAGUCAGGGAGCAGGAUUCAUCUAAUUUUCAGCGACUUUGAGGUAGAGCCCCAGUUUGACUACCUUAUUGUGAAAGAUGACGGGAUGUCGGAACCCACCACGUUCGGCACAUUCUCUGGGAAGGACGUACCCUCUCAGAUCGCCAGCAAUGGACACAUCAUGCGCCUGGAGUUCCAGUCUGACCACUCCAACACUGGGAAAGGAUUUAACAUCACAUACACAACAUUUGGUCAGAAUGAAUGCCACGACCCCGGCAUCCCUGUCAAUGGCCAGCGGUAUGGGGAACACUUCUUGUUGGGGAGCUCCGUUCUUUUCACAUGUGAUGAAGGAUUCAUCAAAACCCAUGGGUCUGAGUCCAUAACCUGCAUCAUUCAGGAUGGAAACGUAGUGUGGAAUGCAGCAGUUCCUCGGUGUGAAGCACCUUGUGGAGGACAUUUAACAGCUCCAACCGGAGUUCUGCUGUCCCCUGGCUGGCCAGGAUACUACAAAGACUCGUUAAACUGUGAAUGGGUCAUUGAAGCCAGCAAAGAUCACGCCAUCAAGAUAUCCUUUGACAGAUUCCAAACCGAGGUUAAUUAUGACACACUGGAGAUUCGGGAUGGCCCCUCCAACUCCUCUCCUUUAAUCGGAGAGUAUCAUGGCACUCAAGCGCCCCAUUUUCUCAUUAGCACCAGCAAUUACAUGUACCUGCUAUUCACCACAGACAACAGUCGCUCCAGCGUGGGCUUCCAGAUCCGCUACGACAGCGUUAUGAUGGAAACAGAUUCCUGCUUAGAUCCCGGGAUCCCAGUCAAUGGAAAGCGGUUUGGGAACAAUUUUGCCAUUGGGACCAGGGUGACAUUCAGCUGUGAUCAAGGCUACACGCUGAGCGACGAGAAACCCAUUGUGUGCGAGAGGAACCAUCAGUGGAACCACGCACUGCCCAGCUGUGAUGCGUUGUGUGGUGGUUAUAUCUUUGGUAAAAAAGGAACCAUACUCUCCCCUGGGUUUCCUGAUUUCUACCCAAACUCAUUGAACUGCACAUGGACAAUAGAGGUGUCUCAUGGCAAAGGAGUGCAGCUGCUCUUCCAUACGUUCCACCUGGAGGACUCCCAUGAUUACCUCCUCAUCACAGAGGACGGCAGCUUCACGGAACCCGUGGCCCGGCUCACUGGCUCCGUCCUGCCCCCCUCCAUCAAGGCCGGCUUGUUUGGAAACUUUAGCGCCCAGCUCCGCUUUGUCUCCGACUUCUCCAUGUCCUAUGAAGGUUUCAACAUGUCCUUCUCAGAGUACAGCCUAGAGCCUUGUGAAGAUCCAGGAGUGCCAGCCUACAGUCGGCGAGUUGGGUUCCAGUUUGGAGUGGGGGACUCGCUCAUUUUUUCCUGCUUCCCGGGUUAUCGUUUGGAGGGGGACCACAAGAUCACUUGCCUGGGGGGAGGCCGGAGGGUCUGGAGUGGAGCCCUGCCAAGGUGUGUGGCUGAAUGUGGAACCACUACCGUUGGGAGCGAGGGGGUUCUGCUAUCACCCAAUUACCCAUCCAAUUAUGACAAUAACCAUGAGUGCAUUUACCGCAUUGAGACGGAGGCAGGGAAGGGCAUCCGUGUCACGGCCACUAACUUCCUGCUCCAUGAGGGGGAUUACCUGAAGGUGUAUGACGGGAAGGAUACUUCACAUCGUCUUCUUGGCAAUUUCUCCAAAACUGACAUGUACAAUGUCAUCAUCAACAGUACCUCAAAUCACCUCUGGUUUGAGUUCAACAGCAACGGCACUGAAACGAACAAGGGAUUCAGACUUACCUACAGCAGUUUUGACCUUGUCAAGUGUGAAGAACCAGGAACUCCGAAUUAUGGAUACAAGAUUCAAGAUGACGGCCAUUUUGCGAACACUUUUGUGUUGUACAGUUGUAACCCUGGCUAUACUCUCCAUGGAAGCAGCACUCUGGCAUGCCUAAGUGGAGACCGUAGGGUUUGGGACAAACCUUUGCCUUCCUGUCUAGCUGAAUGCGGAGGCCACAUUGCAGGUGCAAUAUCUGGACGGAUACUCUCCCCGGGUUACCCUGCACCCUACGACAACAACCUCCACUGUACCUGGUCCAUUGAAGCGGACACAGGCAAAACCAUUAGCCUCCACUUCAUAGUGUUUGACACGGAAGUGGCCCAUGACAUCCUGAAGGUGUGGGACGGUCCAACAGAGGGUGGUAUCCUCCUGAAGGAAUGGAGUGGGUCAGCUCUGCCCGAGGACACCCACAGCACCUUCAACAUCCUAACACUCCAGUUUGACAGUGAUUACUUCAUCAGCAAGUCAGGCUUCUCCAUUCAGUUCUCAACUACUACUGCCAUGACCUGUAAUGACCCUGGGACACCCCAGAAUGGGACGCGUUACGGGGAUAGUCGGGAGCCCGGGGACACCAUCACCUUCCAGUGUGACCCAGGUUACCAGGUCCAGGGCCUGGACAAGAUCACCUGUGUACAGCUCAACAACAGGUUCUACUGGCAGCCAGACCCUCCAACCUGUAUAGCUACCUGCGGCGGCAACGUGACAGGCCCUGCUGGGGUGAUUCUAUCACCCAACUAUCCACAGCCGUACCCACCAGGAAAGGAAUGUGACUGGAGAAUUAAAGUCAACCCUGACUUUGUUAUAGCCCUAAUUUUCAAAAGUUUCAACAUGGAGCCCAGCUAUGACUUCCUGCACAUCUAUGAGGGGGAUAACUCCAACGGCCCAUUGAUCAGCAGCCUGCAGGGAAACCAGGCCCCGGAGCGCAUCGAGAGCAGUGGCAACAGCCUCUUCCUCGCUUUCAGGAGUGACGCUUCCCUCGGGAUGUCUGGCUUUGCCAUUGAAUUCAAAGGCAAGUUCUGUCAUCUUAAACCCAGGGAGGCAUGCUUUGACCCUGGAAAUAUCAUGAACGGCAGUCGCGUGGGCAUGGACUACAAACUGGCCUCCACAGUGACCUAUCAAUGUAACUCUGGAUAUACUGUUGUUGGACCAGCCACAAUCACAUGUGUUAUCGGUUCAGAUGGAAAACCUAUAUGGGACAAGGUCCUACCAUCGUGUAAAGCUCCUUGUGGUGGUCAUUAUGCUGGGUCUGAAGGAGUGGUACUCUCUCCUAACUUUCCCCAGAACUACACCACUGGUCAAACGUGCUCCUACUACAUUACUGUCUCUGGAGAAUUUGUGGUGUUUGGGCAGUUUGCCUACUUUCAGACGGCAAUGAAUGACUCAGUGGAACUAUUUGAUGGGGCCAAUCAGAAUGCCAGGCUGCUAAGCUCCCUUGCUGGGUCUCAUUCUGGAGAGACCUUGCCCCUGGCGACUUCAAACCAAAUUAUGGUGCGAUUUACUGCAAAGAAUGGUCCUUCCGCCAGGGGUUUCCACUUUGUUUACCAAGCUGUUCCUCGCACCAGUGACACGCAGUGCAGCUCUGUCCCAGAGCCGCGGUACGGUAGACGGAUGGGGUCCGACUUCUCCGCUCGUUCCAUUGUUCGCUUUGAGUGCAACCCUGGCUAUCUGCUACAGGGAUCCACAGCCAUCAAAUGCAAUGUGGUCCCCAGUGCACUUGCCCAGUGGAAUGAUACUGUGCCCGCUUGUGCUGUUCCAUGCAGCGGUAAUCUGACAGAGAGAAGGGGCACCAUACUCUCCCCCGGAUUCCCCGAGCCCUAUGGGAACAGCUUGAACUGCGUGUGGAAAAUCAUUGUCACCGAAGGAGCUGGGAUUCAGGCAAGUACAAAGGGGGCAGGUCUGAACUCAUCGAAAAUUCAAGUAAUGAGCUUCGCCACUGAGCAUAAUUGGGAUUCCUUAGAAAUCUAUGAUGGAGGGGACAUGACAGCUCCUAAACUUGGAAGCUUUUCAGGUACAACUGCUCCAGCCUUGCUGAACAGUACCUCCAACCAGCUCUACCUCCACUUCCAGAGUGAUAUCAGUGUUGUUGCUGCUGGAUUCCACCUUGAGUACAAAACCGUUGGUCUCACUGCCUGUCCGGAGCCAGUGGUGCCUGCCAAUGGCAUCAAAACAGCGGACAGGUACAUGGUCAAUGAGGUGGUGUCAUUCAGCUGUGAACCAGGAUACAUGCUGCAGGGCCACUCUCAUAUAUCCUGUAUGCCAGGGACCGUGCGGCGCUGGAACUACCCUCCCCCUCUCUGCAUUGCAAAGUGCGGUGGAACAGCUGUUGACUUGGCCAAUGUUAUUUUAAGUCCUGGAUUCCCUGGCAACUACCCUGGUAACAUGGAUUGUACAUGGAGGAUUCUUUUACCAGUUGGAUAUGGGGCUCAUAUUCAGUUCUUCAACUUCUCCUCUGAAGACAACCAUGAUUUUUUAGAGGUGCGGAAUGGGCCGCAGCACAGCAGCUCUCUGAUUGGACAGUUUAGCGGAAGUCAGCUGCCGCCCAACCUGCUGAGUACAACACAUGAGACCGUGAUUCACUUCUACAGUGACCACUCUGAAAACAGGCAGGGAUUCAAACUAGCCUACCAAGCAUAUGAAUUGCAGAAUUGCCAAGACCCUACUCCAUUCCCUAACGGAUAUAUUAUUAAUAAUGACUACAAUGCUGGCCAGUCAAUAACUUUUGAGUGCUUUCCUGGAUACGUUCUGAUUGGACAUCCUGUGCUCACAUGCCAACAUGGAAUCAACAGAAAAUGGAAUCAUCCCUUUCCCCAUUGUGAGGCUCCAUGUGGCUACAAUAUGACAGCUCAGAAUGGCACCAUAUUCUCGCCCCAGUACCCAAAUGAGUACCCUAACUCACAGGACUGCACCUGGCUUAUCACCGUGCCACAUGGACAUGGUAUUUACAUCAACUUCACCCUGCUUCAGACGGAGCCUGUCACAGAUUACAUUGCUGUAUGGGAUGGCCCUGAGCAGAGCUACCCGCAGCUUGGGAUUUUCAGUGGUAAUACAGCGUUAGAGUCAGCCUACAGUUCUUUCAAUCAGGUCCUUAUCAAGUUUCACAGUGACUUCUCCACAAGUGGAUUCUUUGUCCUCAAUUUCCAUGCCUAUCGUCUAAAGAAAUGCCCACCUCCACCAACAGUGGAAGAAGCUGAAAUAGUAUAUGAAGAUCAAGAUUAUGAAAUAGGAGAUGUUGUGAAGUAUCGCUGCUUCCCUGGAUUUACCCUGGUAGGCAACAGUGAGCUUACCUGUAAGCUCAACUCUCAUCUCCAGUUUGAGAGUCCUCCACCAACUUGUGAAGCCCAGUGUCCUGCAAAUGAAGAACGCUCCUCCUCAUCAGGAGUUAUCCUUAGUCCAGGUUUCCCUAAAAACUACCCCAACUCUCAGACCUGCUCCUGGGUCAUCAGGGUUCAACCUGCGUACACUAUCUCCAUCUUUGUGGAGAUGUUUCAGAGUGAGAAGCAGUUCGACGAACUUGAGCUCUUUGACGGACCAUCUGGCCAGAGCCCUUUGCUGGUGGCCCUUAGUGGAAAUCACUCCACACAGUUAAACUUUACAAGCAAGACCAACCACCUUUACCUGAGAUGGUCCACUGAUCAUGCAACCAGUAAAAGAGGAUUCAGAAUCCGCUACACAGCUCCUUAUUGUAGCAUUAACGACCCACCUGGAAAUGGAGGGGUGCUUAACCGAACAAGAGAGAUCCCAGGAAGCAAUCUGCAGUACUAUUGUUAUGCUGGCUACAGACUAGUGGGGCCCAGAAAUUCCACCUGCCGGUUACAUUCGAAUGGACUGUAUCAUUGGGAUACCCCAGCUCCACUAUGUCAAGCUAUAUCUUGUGGAAUCCCUCAGUCUCCUGCCAAUGGUUCAUUCCAUGGUUUCCAGUACACAGUAGGAAGCAAAGUUAACUACGAGUGCAAUGAAGGGUACAGGAUGGAGACAAGUUUCUCCACGAGCGCAGUCUGUCUGGAGGAGGGGACAUGGAGCAAUGCUGCACACCCACCUCUUUGUUUACCGAUCCAGUGCCCUAACAUUGAGAGCGUGCUCUCAGAACACAUGGUGUGGCGGCUGAUCUCGGGGUCACUGAAUGAAUUUGGAGCUCAGAUAAUGCUGAGCUGCACUCCUGGCUUCUACCUCGGAGGACAGAGGACAAUCAAGUGCUUAGCUAAUGGAACCUGGGCUGGAAUUGAGGAGAGGUCUACCUGCAAGAUUAUCUCGUGUGGGGACCUCCCCUCUCCUCCCUAUGGCAACAAGAUAGGAACCCUGACUACAUUUGGCGCCACAGCGAUCUUCAUGUGUAAUACGGGAUACACACUGGUGGGGUCACAUGUGAGGGAAUGUGGGGUCAACGGGCUCUGGAGCGGAGUGGAAACCAAAUGUCUUGCUGGCCACUGUGACUCCCCUGAUCCAAUCAUCAAUGGUCACAUAAGUGGAGGUGGCUCCAGUUAUCGUGACACUGUUGUCUACCAAUGCAACCUUGGCUUUCGCCUUAUUGGAACAUCAGUUCGGAUCUGUCAACAAGACCACAGAUGGUCCGGACAAGCUCCUGUUUGUGUUUCCAUUACCUGUGGUCACCCUGGAAACCCAGCAAAUGGUCGAACUAAUGGCAGUGAGUUCAACUUGAAUGAUGUGGUCAACUUCACCUGCAGCACAGGAUAUCAGUUGCAUGGUGCCUCAAGAGCUCAGUGCAGGAUGACUGGACAGUGGAGCAACCCUCUUCCAGUUUGUAGAGUGGUAAACUGCUCCGAUCCAGGCUUCGUGGAGAAUGCCAUUCGUCACCCGCAGCAGCGCUUCCCCGAGAGCUUCAACUACAGAACCAGUGUGAUGUAUCACUGCAAGAGGGCCUUCUAUCUGCUCGGCUCAUCACUUCUCACCUGUCAGUCAAACGGCCUCUGGGACAGAUCACUUCCUAAGUGCCUUUCUAUUUCCUGUGGUGAUCCUGGCACACCGCCCCAAGCUAUUAUGUCAGGUAGGAAGUUCACAAACGGCGCCGUGGUCCAUUACACCUGCAGCCACGGCCGAGCACUGAUUGGGAACGCCACGCGCUACUGUCAGGAGGACGGACGCUGGAGCGGGCCACAACCCUACUGCUCAGGCGGUAGUUCCGGGGAGUGUGGUGACCCUGGAAUCCCACCUCAUGGCUCCAGGUUGGGGGACGAGUUCCAGCUGAAGAGCCUGCUGAGGUUCACCUGUGAAGCCGGCUUCUCCCUGAGUGGCUCGGCUGAGAGGACCUGCCUCCUCAAUGGCUCCUGGAGUGGCACCCAACCAGUCUGUGAAGCUAUUUCGUGUGGAAAUCCAGGUACUCCUGCCUACGGGAAGAUUGUCUUCAGUGAUGGAAUAGUGUUUUCAAGCUCCGUGGCAUAUGCCUGCUGGGAAGGAUAUGAGACCUCGGGUCUCACCACUCGCCACUGCACCACCAAUGGCACCUGGACCGGCUCUGCCCUAGACUGCACAGUGAUCAGCUGUGGAGAUCCAGGUCCUGUUGCCAAUGGGAUUUACGUAGGAAAUGAGUUCACCUUCAACAAGACUGUUCAGUACCACUGUAACCCAGGACACGUCAUGGACACUGUCGGUUCAUCUGUGCUCCUCUGCACCAAGAACAGGUCUUGGAACCAAACCAAGCCUUACUGUAAAGUGAUCAUGUGUGGCCGUCCUCCGGCUGUUCACAAUGGGAAGGUUGAGGGGUCAGACUUGCAGUGGGGCUCCAGCGUCAUCUAUAGCUGCUUCGAUGGGUAUCAGCUAUCCAGCCCUGGAAUCGUUUCAUGUGAGGGGAACGGCACAUGGCGAGGGGAAAUCCCUCAAUGUCUUCCUGUGCUGUGUGGAGACCCAGGCACCCCAGCAGAGGGUUAUACUGAGGGCAAACAGUUCACCUACAGGUCAGAGGUCACCUUCUACUGUAGGGACCCCAACAUCCUGGUCGGAUCAUCCAGGAGAGUGUGUCAGAUUGAUGGGACUUGGAGUGGAAUACAUCCCUCAUGUAUAGAUCCUGCAUAUAACACAUGCAGAGACCCUGGAACGCCAUCUUAUGGGAUACCAGUCACAUCCCAAGGAUUUGAGGCUGGAAGCAAAAUCUCCUUCAAAUGCCGUAAAAACUACCACAUACUGGGAUCUACGACAAGAACCUGUCUGGAAAAUUUGACAUGGAGUGGUGUGCAACCAGAAUGUAUCGCCCAUGCCUGCAGACAGCCCGAGACGCUGUCUAACAUUGACGUGAAGGCUAUUGAUCUACCAACUCUGGGCUAUACUUUGAUUUAUACAUGUCAGGACGGAUUCUUCCUGGCCGGGGGAUCUGAGCACAGGACAUGUAAACCUGAUGGAAAGUGGUCCGGAAAGCCACCUGUCUGCAAAGUUCCUGUAGAUGUGUUUUCUUUAAACUUUGGCUGGACCGGGUUCUAUGAGUACCUUGGAGCAAGAGAAGUUGCCACUAUUACUGUAAAUGGAUUCAAUGCAACAACAAGUAGAGUCAAUGUCACACUUCUGGAUCAGAGCAGAGUGCAGCUUAAACUUGCUGGAACAUACAAGAAGGAGGAAAACCAUUUGCUGCUGAAGGUUUACCAGAUACGUGGUCCAACAGAGCAUCAUUUCAGUAAAUUCAAGAAUGACAACUGGGCAAUGGAUGGCUACGUGACCGCAGAGUCUGACAAGAAAACCUUUGUUUACCAGGGUCAUAUUCAAAGCAAGGACUUUGGGAGAUUUGUACUAACAAGAGGAGGUCUCUUUACAACAGACCUGGAGCCAUCAAAUCCACCAUACUAUGGCACCAACAGCAGUUCAGUAGCAGCUGCCAUACUAGUGCCAUUCUUUGCCCUUAUUCUGUCAGGGGUUGCAUUUUAUCUCUACAAACACAGAACAAGACCAAAAGUUCAAUACAAUGGCUAUACCGGUCAUGAAAACACCAAUGGACAAGCGUCGUUUGAAAACCCUAUGUAUGACACAAACAUGAAACCCACGGAGGCGAAAGCUGUGAGGUUUGAUACAACUCUGAACACAGUCUGCACAGUAGUAUAGCCCUCUUAUCACCGACAUUGGACUGGCUUUUACAGCCUUACCUCUUGUGGUAAGCAGUAUCUUAUUUUUCGACAGAUGCCAAUAUUUCUUUGAACUCAUCACGUUAUAACCUCUCUGUGGAGAAGAUAAAAUACACCAUUUAAAAUCAAUGACAAUUUGAUAUGGACUUGCCACCACAAAAUAAAACGACAGCUAUUGGUGUUCUAUGGAGCAGAGAUCAUGUAUGUGGCCAGGAAAAUAAAGCAGAGACGAUUAUCUCUAGGAUCAAGGAGUUCUGCCUUUUAUGGCUCUUUGCAGGAUGAAAGUUGUUUUCAUUCUCCGGUUUUCUUUUUUUCUGUCUUUUUCCCCCCCAAAGGCCCUCCUUGGGGAAAUACUAAAGUGUCUUGAAAAGCCACAUAAUUGUUGAUAAAAAGUGUUUUCUUCAGUGAAGAUGUACCACAAAGGAGGAAGCAACUUUGAACGUGUUGCCAGACUUCUCCAAUAAAGGGAACAUAUGCUAUAAACUACAACUGUCUCGCAGGAGAACAUGGCUAUCUAAUCUAGGAACUCGCUCAGCUGUUGUGUUGAAAAACUUUAUCGCACAAAUUUUGCACUAGUGUGUUAUGAAUGGGUAUGAAAUGAGGCAAAAGAGGCAUUUUCAAACUAACUGAAAAAUGACGUACAGGGUUUUUGACCAUUUGUAGAUAAGCAUACAGUAUAUUUCCAUAUCCACAGGAAGCAUAAUGUCAUGCUACUGUUUAUCAAUAGAGAUGCUUAUUUUAUUUUCAAUAUUAGUUUUGCAAAUAAAUGUGUGGAACACCCUCCUUACUUUUUUAAAAUGGUUAUAUAAAUGAUUUUUAACUCUGGAGUCACAAAUACCAUGCAGCUUAUCUAUAAACAUUUAAAUCCACAAAUAUCAAUUAAGGAGCAACUGGUGUACAUGCAAUCGUGAAUGAUAUUUAAUUUUAUUCACAGAUCAAUAUUACCGAAGAGCAAACUGAUCUGGCUCAUCUACUCUGAAAAAACAGCAAUGCUCAAUAUUGUUGUAUUCUGUAAAUUGCAUCAAAUACUUACAGUAUGUAUCAUACAUGUUAGUCAUGAAUGUUUGUUUGUAUUGUCGAUCAUCAGGUUGCUGUUUAUAUUGUAGUUUAUUUCACAUUACCCCAGGCAUUGAACAUUGUCAACAUUCGGAACACUAGACAACAGUUGGCAGUCCUAUCUUGUGGUCUUGCUGCAAAUUUGCUUACGUUUCAAAUAUACCUCUUGCGCAGAAGGACGUCAUUUUUCUACUCUACAGUACUGGAACUAAUAAAAUGUUUAUUUUUCAUAAAUGCUGCCCUUGCUUUAAAUCACAGUUUUAAUGCAGAAGUGUAUUUUUGUUUAAAUGUGCCAUACGAAUAUGCCAUGUUUAACUCAACUCAACUGUUUGACACACAACCUUGUUUUGGUAGGCCUACUUAAGGCAAGGUGGGGAAUCAAGUUGGAUAGCAAUCGUUCUUUAGCAGUGGCAUGAGCUGGUCGUUUAGAAGCUAGUCUUAAUAAUCUGUUUUUCUCCCUUUAUGAUAUGUCCCUCCUAUCCUUAAGGGUAUUGAGUCAAUGAUGAUGAAUUGAACACAGACUACUUACUUACACUCCAGGAAACACUGCCUUAUUCAAUUCAAAAGCUGUCACAGUUACAAAUGACCUAUUACAACGCUAAGGCUACUUGAAUGCAUACAGUACACUGUGAUUCCAAAGUCAUAGAUUAGCUUGUUGUUUUUCCUAAUCAUUUUGGUUGUGCAUGUAUUCACAAAUAAUGUUCAAAACUUACAAUAGAUGAACUAUCUUCGCUUGGCUUUUCGAAAUCUGUUAUCAUAUGCACUUGCUUAGAGAUCAAUGCACCAGUGACAAAAUGUGUAUUAUAUUCUUGUGAGAUAUCAGAUUCCAUUUCAUAUCUGUUGUAUUUGUGGCCAUAGUAGCACAACUAAAAUUCCCCUGAGUAAGAUGCAUUUUAUGUGUGAAGUAUGUUUGGAAAAUCAGAAGCAUUUUAAUUUCCAUAUUUUUUCUACAAACUAUUUAACUUUUUCCAUUUCAAAUUAAACCUAGUGUUCAUUACACACCUACGCACUAUACGGCAGUGGUUUCAAUAAAUAGGGUUAAGACCGAAAGUAAUCAAAUCAUCCCCUUUCUUUGUAAACAUUUUGAUGUAAGACCCACUGCUUUUAAUCCACAUUUUGCCUUCCUUUGGGCUUGCUGCAAUAACGUUUUUCUUUCAACAUCUGUAAAAUGGUUUCCCAACUAAAGAGGUGUAUAACUGCAUUCAAUUUAAUAUCAUUCCAUUUUACAACAUCGGGAUAUCACGUGCUGCUGACUUGAAGUAGGUGCAAAAGAAAAUGUUUUUGUACAGAAAUAUAUUUUUUAUGAAGAAUUUGUAAAAUUAUUAAAUAUGCUGUACUUUUUUGAUUAAUGUAGGUACAAAACUUGUUAAAAUAAAUGUUUUUACUAUACAAAAUGUAAAUUUAUCGUCUAUCUGAGUAUGAAUAUCAAAUGUAUAUUAUCUAUUGUUUAAACUUUUCUUGCAAAUGUCGAUAUAUACAAGCUGUUAUUUUAAAACAUUGCUUGUAUAUAUUUGUUUAUGUGAGAGAAAACAAACUUUAGAAAAAUUGAUCUAUGACACAUGUUCUAUGACAUAUUUUGAAAACAUUAUUUCAGAUUAAACUUUUUAAUAUAAUUAUGGUCAUAUCUAUGUGGAACUGUUUUCUUUUCCAUUCGUGUCAUGAUAUAUUUUACAAGGCUAUAGUCAGGUCUAUACAACAAAAAAACAACAUCUGAAUGUUUGCUGCACCUUUAAAGGCAAUGUUCCUGCCUUGGCAGAGACCGUAUUCACAAUAAACACUGCGUAUGUCGGCUCAAAGGAACGGAUUGAAUCCUGGCCUUACUCUAGUCUAACUCUAUGAAAAAUAGAUUUACAAUCAUGAUGAUAAUAAGAUAUAGAUAUAUACACUGUGUAAAGUACUUAAGUAAAAAUAAUUGAAAGUACUACUUAAGUAUUUUUUUUUGUGGUAUCUGUACUUUACUAUUUAUAUUUUUGACAACUUUUACUUUUACUUCACUACAUUCCUAAACAAAAGUAUGUACCUUUUACUCCAUACAUUUUCCGUGACACCCAUUUGGAAUGCUGAGCAGCACAUGAAAAUGGUCUAAUUCAUACACUUAUCAAGAGAACAUCCCUGGUCUUCCCUACUGCCACUUAUCUGGCAGAGUCACUUAGCACAUGCUUUGUUUGUAAAUUAUAUCUGAGUGUUGG